AUGGACCCUGGAUUAGGGACUCUGGAGCUGCUGGGUGUGUUUUUCUCGCUGGUCGCCUGCUUGUGUUCGCUGGUCACCCUCAUGAUACCACAAUGGCUCACACUUUCCACCGAGCUCCUGCCCACCGAGAGCUUCCAGCUGGGAUUGUGGGAAGCUUGCGUGGUUCAGGAUCUGGGGAUGACCGAGUGCCUGCCAUACAACACUCUUCUGGGUCUCCCAUCGGACAUCCGACUGGCCCGAAUCCUGAUGUGCACCGCUGUGGCGACGGGUUUAAUCGGCCUGUUAUUCGCCAUCCCGGGCAUCAACCUGGUGAACAGCUGCAGACGCACGGAGAGCUUCAAAGCCAAAAGGACCUUGAAGAUGCUCGGCGGGAUCUUUAGCAUCGUCGCAGGUGUCCUUGGUCUCGUGCCGGUCUCGUAUGUGGCCCAUCUGACGGUUCUCCGGUUCUUCGACGAAAGCGUGCCAAGCGUGGUUCCUCGGUGGGAGUUCGGAGAUGCGCUUUUCCUCGGCUGGACGGCUGGGUUUUUGCAUUUGGUGGCUGGUUUCUUAUUGGUCACUUCUUGCUUGUUUAUGCAAGACGAAACGUGUUCGCUACACCAAUCUAUAGCGCUAUACAGAGCUCAAAUGACGCGUCCGGAACGCUCUCCUCGCGGGAGGACAGAAUAUGUGUGA